CCCUGAAGUUGGACACAAAUAAAAAUGUAGCCUGUCUUAGCCUACUCCGUACAGUACACACCAAUACGUUAGAUUUUUAGGUCAUUUAUUUCCUCAACAGCACAAAACUCGAAGGCGUUCACAAAACUACAGCUACAUUCCGCUCGGUUUGCAUUCAUGAAGUACGUUACCACUUUUCUCCGGAAUCUGGCUGUUCAGCGUAAAGUACAAACCCUUAGAAUGUCUUCUGCUGUUCAUGAAAACGUGAAGAAUUAUUAUGGCUCACGGCUGGAGACUUCGGAUGACUUGCAGACCAAUGCUGCAUGUGUCAUGCCCUCCAGACCUCUGCCCAAGAGUGCGUGUGAAGCCCUGAAACAAGUCCACCCAGAUGUUUGCAAGAGGUAUUUCGGCUGUGGUCUGGUGAUUCCAGAGAAGCUGGAAGGAUGUACGGUUCUUGAUCUGGGCAGUGGGUCGGGCAGAGACUGCUACGUCCUCAGCAAACUGGUGGGGGAGAGAGGUCGAGUCAUUGGACUGGAUAUGACGGACGAGAUGAUAGUUGCCUCGCAAAAAUAUGUCCAGUACCAUCAGGAGAUGUUUGGAUACUCAAAACCAAACACUGUGUUUGUGAAAGGAUACAUGGAGAAGCUCAGUGAUGCAGGGAUACAGAACAACUCUUUGGAUGUAGUUGUGUCAAAUUGUGUGAUAUGUCUGUGCCCAGAUAAGAGGACUGUGAUAAGUGAAGCUUACAAAGUUCUGAAGGAGGGCGGAGAGUUGUACUAUAGUGACAUGUAUGCAAGCAAAGUAGUUCCAGACUCUUUCAAGGAAGAUCCAGUUCUGUGGGGUGAGGGAAUGGCUGGCGCCCUCUACUGGCGGGAUCUCAUCACUCUGAUGAAUGACAUAGGCUUCAGCACUCCCCACCUGGUUGCAGGCAGUCACAUUGUGGUUCACAACCCAGAAAUUCAAAGAAAGACUGGUAACUUAUUUGUUAGUUUUUUGUUCCAGGAGCUGAUUGAAGCGAUUCAUGACCAGGUCGUGACCCCUGCAUGCCAGGCACGGCUGAGGACAGACAAGCAGCUUUCCUAA